AUGCAUUUGAAAACUGGAUUAAUAUUUUUGAUCAUUUGCCUUGCUCUCCAAGUUCAGGGAAGCAGAGAAAUCCCUAAUAAGAUAAACCGUGGUGAAGCCAAACAUCUUGCAGAUGCCUCAGGGUCAGACAAAACAGAAAGAACAACAAAGAGGUCCAGAGUAUCAACCAUAAGGCGGAUAUUUGACAUGGCAAAACACCGAACAAAGAGGUCAUCCUUUUUCUCAACUGGUGUGAAAGUCUGCCCACAAGAAUCAGUGAAGCAGAUUUUAGCCAGUCACCAAGCUUACUAUAGAUUAAGAGUCUGCCAGGAAGCUGUGUGGGAAGCCUUUCGUAUUUUUCUGGAUCGGAUUCCUGAUACUUCUGAAUAUCAGAACUGGGUUACUGCUUGCCAGAGGGAAACCUUCUGCAUAUUCGACAUUGGCAAAAAUUUCAGCAAUUCCCAAGAGCAUCUGGAAAUAAUCCAACGGCGAGUAAAACAUAGAACCUUCCAGGAAAGGAAAGAUGAAAUAUCCACAGAGAAAACAGGUGGCAAAAAGCUGGAAGACAUUCCUUCCAUUUCUACAGGCUCCCCUGGCACAUCCCUCUCUCCAUAUGCACCAGUAUCUAACGGCACGCUGCUCAACGAAAUUGUUAACGACACGAAGACUCCUGUGAAGGAGCUGGGAACAAAUACAGUCCCAGAACUGCCUCUGGAGCAAAUGGUAGAAUUCAGUGUUACUCUCACUGAUCAGGAGUACACAGCUGAACUUAAUGAUCCCAACUCCCCACAGUACCGACAACUCGCUGCCAAAUUUCAGCUACAGAUGCAAAAAAUAUUUGAGAAACUUCCAGGAUUCAAAGAAAUUCAUGUAUUAGGAUUUAAACAGAAGAAGGAGAAAGAUGGAUCAAGCAGCACUAUAGCACGAUAUGUGGUAAACUUCGAGAGAGAUGGCUCAGAAAUCAAAAGCACAGCAGAUGAUAUCUCAACUAUUGGAUCUAAUAAGGUUGAAAAUGAAAAAAUUCCACUUUCUCCAAAGGACGAGAGGGAGAUAUCAGCAACUAAACUCACAGUAACAGACCUUCAGCAACUGGUUGCUAUAGCACUCCACGAAGACCAGUCCCUGCCAAUGGACCUUGGAACACUUCAGUUUACUGAUGAAUCUAUUAUACCACCUAGUGAUUUUGAUAAUGAUAUCCAGGCCAUGGUCACUAUUCCUCUGGCAGGCCCUGAUUUGGAGGACUCCAUGAGGGUGGAACUCCCACUAGGUUACCCCAGCCCAGCAACAGUGGACCAAACAGGAGACAUCUUGGUCAAUGAAUUUACAACUGGAAUUGUGCUAAGUGGAGAGACCAGUGCCCCUGAAGACUUUAAUAAUUUUGUUUCAUCUGAACCUGUGUUCCCUACCAAACCUUCCAGAGAACCAUUUCAGGAUAAAUAUCCUCCAGACACAGAAGAUAUCAUUACUGACCACCAAAGUUUCACAGUGCCUUUCAAUGCUCUGGGUAGCACUAGCAGUCCUCCAAAACCAGAGGACUCCUAUUUGCCUCCUCCAGCAGAUGAUUCUGCUAGCAAUGACUUAAUCACUGAUGGCUAUGAGUCUCCAACGGAGCAGGUUACUACACUGGCAGUUUAUACCACAGGUAGCUUUACCCCACCUAAUCUCCUGCAAGCCGGAGAUGAGAAUAGUGAAGCUGAGGAGAACAAAGAACUGAGUGAUAUAACACAGCCACCUUUCAAGGAAGUUGACCAAGAUAGUCUGUCUGGACAAGGACUGAGCAAGGCCUUUCAUGUCCCACCCUGCACUCCUCUUGGAGUGAGCAUAAUGAACCCUCCUCCCCCUUUCAAGAUGUUCCUCCUGACCCAGCAUGCCCAGAAACAGCAAGAGGGCACCUUCAUCCCUGCUGCCCAGCCACAUCCU